AGCUGUCAAUGUCAAUUGUCAGAAUUAUCUUAUGUCAUGUGUGCGCGAGAUCGGCAUGCGGAUUUAUUUACAAAUUCUGUUCAAAGAGUUUUUCUAAUUUUUAUAUUUGUGAAUGUGAAGUGUAAUAUAAACUCACCAUGAAGAGUAAACCAGUCAAGCACAAGACAACAAAUACCUUUCGGUUUAUACCAUUUGCUGAACGUAUCAAUGCUAUUGAUAUUCGUCAUGCAGCCCUAUAUAAUAUCGAGCAUGCAUAUGCGCAACAACCUCAAGAAAAUGAAACACAUUUCUUUGUGGCACUACAGAAAUGGCAUGUGCUUAACUUGACUGAAAACUUUAAAAAGUUUAGAAAAGAAGUGUUUGGGAUCAUAACUUUGCCACAGCUUGUUCAUAAAAAAGAAGAAGUUUUAGAUAUACUAGAAAAAUAUUUGAAAUUAGAAGACCAGCUGUGUCUACAGCCAUUACUUGAAAUUCUGGUUUCAGUUGCCAAGGAUUUAAGAGAAGAUUUUUACCCACACUUUCCAAAGUUUUUAGACAUACUUAUAAAGUUGCUAAGCACAAAGGAUGCUGAAAGACUAGAAUGGACAUUAGUCUGUUUAGCAUUUCUAUUCAAAGUUCUCAAGCCAUACUUGAAGAAAGAUAUAGCGGGUGUUUUAAAAAGGAUAAUACCUUUACUAAGUGAAACACAGCCACAGUAUAUAAACAACUUUGCUGCAGAAAGCUUUGCAUUUGUUGCCAGAGACAUAAGAGAUAAAAAAAAGUUUGUUGGGCUUAUUCUCAACUAUCUACAGAGUAAUGAUGAUGCUAUUACAGGUUGCGGUCAUUUACUAUUUGAAAUACUCCGUGGUGUCAGUGGCAAAUUCCACAGCUGCAUAGAGACAUUCCUACCUAUCCUACUUCAGCACCUCAAAGACCACAAAGAGCAUCAAGAAAUAAUGUUCAAAGUAUUGACACAAACUAUAGAGGACAGCUUACAAACCAUUUCCUAUAAAGAAUAUGGAGUCUUCUGGACAAGCAUAAUCAAGUUCACCGAGGAAAUAUUGAAAGAGGAUGAUCAAGAGAGCAAAGGUUUGGAGUACAUUCUGAGGCUUGCUGGUCAAGUUAUAGAGCACCAACAAGGAAAAUAUUUAAUAAACCCUCCACAGUUUGUACUGCUCCUAAUAAAAGUUAUUUGUGAACAGUCAUCAGAGACUGUUCUAGAAGUCUGCUCCCAGAUUGGGGCUGUCCUACUCCUGUCACCAAACGUCUCUCUGUCCCAGGAACACGCUGGAAUCAUUGUCAAAGUGCUCCUACCCCUACCAUUUCCAAAUAUACUAAUCAACUUUGUCCAGAAUGUUGUUGACUAUUCACAAUUCGACAUGCACAUAUUACCACCUUUCAUCAAUUUCGUUAUACAAUCGAAUUUUGAUAAAGAAGCGAUGGGAACACUAUCUAAGAUUUGUCUUAAGAAAUCACCUUUAUCUAUGAAUGGUAUAAAGUUGUUUGAAUGGGUGAAAUAUCCUAUAGAUUUUGGUAAACACCUUCUGAGUUUCGUGGACCACUUGAAUAGAGUGAUGGCCGAAGAUUUAGAGAAACAUAUAGAAAAUCCUAUUCAACUCACUAACCUUCUGUUUUGUUUGCCUCAUGUUGAGAGAAAUGACAUUGACUCCUGUAUAAAGUUGUUGGGUGGUCUUAUAUCUAAGUUGUUGAAUAUUUUGGCGAGUUACAAUCUGGAGAAUCAGUCCAAUGAGAAUAAAUUCCACUGUGACACGACGGCGUUGUCACGGUGUGCUAGAAAAGUUCUGUUCAUAUUGGCUGUGGCCAUGGAAAGCGCUAUUCACUUGUCGAGCUGUAAGAAACUCAAGGAGAUAUGUGAUAUAGACACACUGCUGCCGGUGAUCGUUCCUUGUGCCUCCGACCCGAACUACCUCUGUGCGUUACAUGUCCUCGAUUUGUAUUUAACAGCUUAUGAACAUGAGAAUGGACUCACUUAUCCUUACUUAUCACUGGUUCAUUCGUACUUGAAGAGUAAUGUGUCUUCGCCUUUUCAUGUGGUCCGGUUGAUAACAACACACAUUUACAAGUUAUUUGAGAAUGUAGAAGAGUUAAAUAAAACUGUGGAAGUAGGAGGCACUGUGGAGAAAUUCUCAGUUUUUAGUAGAUGUUACGCGGUAGAGUCAAUAUCGCCGUCCAUCCAGGAAUAUAGAUCUCAGUUGAACAUGUUACAGAAAAUGACCUUCAAUACAACACAGUAUGCCUUAGCUAAAGAAACUGACUUCCACCUCUUUGCGUUAAACUACAUGUUAGGAGUGUUAUAUGUCAAUUUCAAGUUGCUCUGGGAACCUGUAACAGAGUUCAUAGCUGGCUACGGAAACGCCCUAAAUGUUGACGACUUCUGGCCAACAUUUCAUACAGCCCUCGAAUCCUCAUUCACGAACGCAAAGAAAAAUCUAAAACAGUUCCAUUUUGAUGAGGAAAUCGAAACGAAUUUCGAAGAUCUAAGAAGUCUGUACUCAGAGUAUAACAGUAUAUCUGAAAGACCAGAUUUAUACAACUAUAGGAAUUUGAUUUUAAAAGUCAUGUUGAAUUGCAUUCAAGUUUGCGAAGCUAGGAAUAGAGAUGUGGUCGUUUUAUUCUUGAAUUUCAUUGAGGAAGAAUACAGAAGAAAUGACAGUAUGAAUGCGUUGAAAAUUGAUAUGGAAAUACGUGAUAAAAUGGAAGUUGAAGAGGAGAAGCCCGAAGAAAAUUCUGAGAGUAUUGAGGAAAUUAUUGAAGAGAUAGACGCGAAGGAAACAGUAUCUGGCAAAAUAGUUUUCAAAACUCUCAUCAAUAUUAUGCAAGUCUUAUCUCAGUUCAAGAAUCCAAGAGCUUUACAUAAAGAACCCGUCUUUUGGGAACUGUAUAUGGAGUUUUUGAAACACAAAAACCCCGGCUUGCAGAAGUACGCUCUAGAUUGCGUGAUAAACUAUAAGAACAAAAGCGUAACGCCUUACAAGAACAAUUUAUGUAACUUAGUAGAUGACAAAAAGUUCAAGGAUGAAUUGACUUUGUUUAAAAUAACUGAAGAUGCAAAGAGCAUACAACCGGAGGAUAGAGAACAUGUGGUUCCGUUGAUACUAAGAAUCCUGUAUGGGAAAAUGACCUCUAAACUCGUAGCAGACAAGAAAGGAGGCGGUCAGAACCGAAGAUCGCUAGUCAUGCGAUAUCUAGCCGGCUGUAACGAGAACGAACUGAAAAUGUUCAUUGAAAUGGCAUUCUCUCACUACAAACCAUACUUGUCAAUGAAACCGCGUGAAAUAUAUGAUAGUAUUUCAUCCAAUUUAGAUUUGAAAUCUGUGACUAGCCCUGGCAAGUUGCACAGCAUUCUUAACUUAUUUGAAGUGGUCCGCGAAUAUUUUAGUGGUUAUAUGAAAGAGGAACUUCUGUCACAAUUUUUAAGCAUAUAUUAUGCAAUUUGUUCGACUGUCGCAGCUGUCUUAUUACAAGGGGAUAAGGUUCACGUUGGUUACGUGAAGAUAAUGAAAAAUCUUCGAACUCUUGCUUUAGGAACGACAAGGAAACUUUUUGAACAGUUUACUAAAUACCCUUGGAACCAAGAUGAAUUAUACGUAAUGUUUGAGACUCUCAUUUGGCCUUUGAUUCCUAAAUUACAUAUUGAAGGUAUUCACAGCCCUACCGCUCUCCUUAGGUUGUUAAACGCCUGGUGCCAGAACCCACGCUAUUAUAUUUUACUAGUGACUACUUCAGAAAAAGAUUCGUACAGUUCACUACCAGCGGUAUUCAAACUUUUGCUCGCCCCAAAGACAAGUCCUGGAGUUGUCAAUAUGAUAUUGGACAUGAUAGAAAAACUUAUAACGCUAACUGAGGAUGAAGAAGAUAAAGAAAUACCUCGGAUUGAAUCAUUUAACACUUUACCAGUCGAGGGCCCCGAGCACGUAGCAAAUAUCAAUUACGGAAGCAAAAUCCUCAUACCACACAUACCGAGCAUUUUAGAAGUUAUGAAGAGACGAAUGGCUAAUUCAGCUAAAUCGAACACAGUGAACAAAAGGGAUUUAUUAAUACUGUCAAGAAUCACAGAACUAGUGGCGUCGCCUGAACUAUGUGACGAGCUAUUGACCUUACUUCUACCGAUCUUAGUCAAGAAAGUGUGCAUGAAUAUGGCAGAAGAAAAUAUGGAGCAUGCCGUUAAUACUAUUAUCAAUUUACUAGGACACAGCACAAAUCCACAAGUUUAUAUCAAGAAUUUAGCUGUAUUGUUCAAUAAAGUAGGUCCCGUGGAUGUAAGGAAGUUACUUAUUAAGUUACUGGCCUCCAUCGCUGAGAGCAGUCCUAAAAACAAAGAAAUUCUAGCUAGAAUGGCCAACAUUGUCGCAGAAAUGAAUGCCUUCAACAAGAGAUGGAUUGAACAGCCUGAUUUCGAUCGAAGAAUAGACGCUUACAAGCAAAUAUACCAGUUACUUGAUAAAAAUGAAAUAGACGUGGACCUUGCAAUACUCAUUGUUAACAAUUGCUUUUAUUUUAUACGGACUGAAAAGGAUAUCGGUUUGCGAGACAGUGCGGGUCUCUGUUUACACCGGAUUCUACCAAAACUCCUAAUGAAGUACUGGUCAGCAAAUGAUGGUCAAUUCUUAGUUAGAGACACAGUAUUAUCACUUAUAUCCACUGGUAUAAGGGAUUCAAAGAAUGAAAUAUUGAGAAACGAGUCCAUAAACUUACUCGGAGAGUUGGCUCGAGAAUGUCCCAAUGCUGAUGUUGUGAUAUCAGAUCUAGCACAUUUUGUUAAUAAAGAGGAUAGAGAAGUUGAUUUCUUUGACAACAUGUGCCAUCUUCAAAUGCACAGACGUGUGAGAGCAAUGUUAAAGUUCUGCAAAGUGGCGAAAAAGAUGACGAAAUGUCCCACACCAAGGACUCUAACGAAUUUCAUAUUACCAAUGGCAUCUAUGUACAUUUGUGACGAUAAAUAUACAGAUAAAAAUACUUUAAUCGAUGCCUGUAUAGAAGUUGUUACUACUUGCUGUAGACUGCUGCCUUGGUACCACUACGAAGUCAUACUAAAAUUAUACUUGUAUAAAAUGCGACAUUCAACAGAACAUCAGAAACAACUAACUCGUAUCUUAGUGGGAAUAAUAGAUGCAUUCCAUUUCGAUUUCUCCAAAGUUAAAAACAUUGAAAUACCUAAAGCAUUAAUUACUAAUGUGCAUAAAUUUCAACAAAUCAAUAAAGAUACGGAAAAUAAAGAGAAUGUAGAUAAUAGUAACAUAAAUGCUGAAGAUGAUACAGAAAAUGAAUCUGAAGUAAAAGAUUUGAAUGUCGAUGAAGAAAGUGAAUUAAAAGCUGCGGAUGACGAAGAAGCGGGCGAAGAACCGAGCAAAGAGGUUCCUAAUAUACCGGCUUUUGAAAGGAUUACACAAGUAUCGCCAUCUGUGGCUAAGAGAAUCAUUAAGUCUUUGACGGCUGGGUUGUUGCCGCAACUGAAUCGUGCUAUAGGCAAAAUGACUGAACACGAGGAAUCUCACAAGGUGAAUCGACGUAAGACUGGCUUCGAUCGUCAAGAGGAAGACAUGAUAAGAGUGCCCAUAGCUCUAGCACUUGUUAAAUUACUGCAAAGACUGCCUGGAGACCUUCUCAAACAUCAGCUGCCUGGUAUUAUCAUUAAGCUGUGUUCAUUUUUAAAGUCACCGUUAAAACAAGUAAGGAUUACUGCCCGAGAUAUCGUUAAGAAAAUUAUGCUGACUGUUGGUACUGCCUACCUAGGAGUCUUACUUGAACAUCUUACUUUGCUGCUAACCAGAGGCUUCCAGGUCCAUGUGUUAGUGGCCACAAUACACACAGUUCUCGACGCUCUCAAGUCUGACUUUAAACCAGGGGAGUUAAACGAUAAUCUUCAUUAUAUUCUUGACGUUUGUGCCAACGAUCUUUUUGGAGCCCUUUCUGAGGAAAAAGAAGUUGACAAACUGCACUACAAGACUCCGGAAGCGAAGCCCAGUAAGAAAAGCUACGUAACACUCAUGAUAGUGUCCCAAAAUAUAACGGAACAGUGCCUUAUCAAUCUAAUUCUGCCUUUCAAAGAAGUUUUGCAAAAGCACCACUCGAAGAAAAUUGUAUUGAAAGUUCAGGAAGCCUUCAUGCAUAUUACAAGCGGACUAGUUACAAACAAGUUUAUUGACAUAGAAUCUCUGUUUAUAUUCUUACACGGAGUCGCUUCCGAGAGUAUACCGGAAUUCGUAUUGGGGGCUCCAAAGAGGCAAAUAACAGAAGUCCAACGGGAGAAAAUGCUAAGAGCGAAACCAGAUUGCUUUUUGAUUCCUGAAACGCCGAAGCGUAAUAAAGAAUCUCAGGCGCGGCACGUCAAGACAUCUGGUAAAGCGAACUCACACGUUUUGGUAGAAUUCAGUUUAAACAUCUUAUACGUCAUAUUAAAAAGAGAAAAAGUACCAAGAAUGGAUUGUCGUGCAUUUGUCGAUCCACUCGUGCCUUUGUUGGUCGAUGCUUUAAAGAGCGAUCACGUAAAAGUCACGACCGUCGCAAUGAAGUGUAUAGCAACGCUAUGGACUAUAAGGGUCAGCACGCCAACGCUUGAGGAAAUGGUGCAAGAUAUUGUAAAGACCAUUUUCCUAACAUUACAUAAGUACGCGACUUUUGAAAUCAGUAAACAGAAUGAUAACUAUCAUUUAGUCAGGACUGCUUUUAAGGCAGUAACAGUUCUCAUUCGUAACGUAAAAUACUACAAGUUAGAAGCGGACCAGCUGAAGACUCUUCUAUUAUAUGCUGAAGAGGAUUGUCAGAAUGACGACAAGCAAGCGAACUCCUUCUCUCUGCUGAAGGCGAUACUCGAAGCUCGGCUCGUGUCCGCAGAGUUACAUGAAGUUAUGGAGAAAGUCUCCAAGAUAUGUAUACUUAGUGAGUCUGCUAAGUCUAGAGACGAAGCUCGCUUGAUAUUCGCCAACUAUCUGACGCACUACUCACCAGGCAAGAGACUAGAGAAGUACAUUGACUUCUUUGUGUCACAACUCAACUAUGAGUUACAACACGGACGGGAAUCCUGCCUGAAAUUCCUCGAGAUGAUCAUCAAUAAACUAGCAGUAGCGCAGCUGUCGAAGCAGGCGGGCCACCUGCUGGUGUCGCUGGGCGCGGCCAUGCAGGCCGACAGCGCGCCGGACUGCCGCGCGGCCGCCGCCGCCUGCAUCGAGGCCAUGCUGCUCAAGUUCCCACAAGCUGAGAGGAAUAAACUCUUCGACCUAGUGCUCACCUUCUUCAAAGAUAAUCAGCCUGUACAUUUUGAACUAGCCGCUCAGUUGACCACACGCUUCGUCAACGUUGAACAAGACAACUUCAAGAAUCGACUGGACACAAUUCUAUCUCUAGUCAGCGGCAAAAUUUUAUUACUGAGCAAUGACAUCACGGAAGGCAGAUUCGUCAAAAUAAAACUCGACCAAUCGGACGAAAAGACUGACGAAGACAAACAAAAAGAGAAAGACCACAGUUUAAUACAAAUAUUGAAUCUAAUCGAAAGGAUCACGGUGCAUUGCGCGCCCAGUUUGAAAAAUAAGAAGUUUGAGCAAGAGUAUGAUGAGAUAGCGAUGCAAUGUAAAGCAUUGCUUGCUUAUCCUCACUCGUGGGUGCGUUUGAAAUCUGCUAAGAUAUUGGGACAGUUGUUGACUGUAGUCGAUGUUGAGGAGUUAGAGGCUAUUGUGCAGAAGUCUGUGGAGAGUGAACGAGGAUUUAUAUAUGAAGAUACUGAGGAGGUUCUAAGGAGUUUGGUUUUAGAUCUGUGUGCACAGUAUACUACUAGUGCUGCUAAGGAGAUAGUUGAACAGGUGACAGAAGUGUUAUUCUUAAUACUGAAGUUGGUUCAUUCUAUGCCGAGUUUCAAACUGGGCAAGAAGAUACAAAUGGAGGGAGAAGACGCAGAAGGUGGCAGCAAACUGAAUAUCCGAUGGAUUUUGUAUAAGUUGAGGAGAGCGAUCAACGGGGAAGUAGCUAGGGCACCCACUUCUAUGACCAUUAGGACAUCAAUAUUCACAAUGUGGACACACGUCAUCAGUUCCUUAGAGGGUGAUGACGUCAAUAAAAUAGUUGACGUGAUUCUCCCGCCAAUAGUCCGGGAGCUGUCUACCGGGGACGCGGCCACGCCAGCCACGCCCGCCAAGCAGCUGGCCACCAGGCUCGGGAAGAAACUCAGGAGGAAGAUCGGAGAUAUACAUUAUAGCAAACUCGUUGCUGACGCACAGACCAAGCUCAAUAUUAAGAGGGCUGAGAGGAAAAAGUUACUGCUGCAAGAAAAGGUCCAUAACCCAGAAAAGGCUGCAAAGAGGAAACUGCAGUUAAAAGAAAAGAAAAAGCAAGCUAAGAAAGUGAAGAUGGAGAUGGUAACGGGGAAAAGACCGAGGCCGAAGAAACGGAAAGCUGAAGACAUCGACUUUGAAGACCAGUUACUGAAUGACGAUUGACUUUGACAUUAGUCUCUACCUUUUGGGGUGAAAAGCUAAUAAACCCACCACAAGGACACAGCGUGGGAUAUGACCGACUUGCUUCAUCCAAAUCCUUACCCGGCCGUUUCUGCCUUUGAUAAAUGUAAGUCUUUGUCAUUUUGUAAAUGUUUUAAAGACGCUUUGUUAAAGCAAGCAAGCAAGUGACUUCUAUAAUCUUCUAUCUCUAGUGUAAUGAUACAAUAUUUGUACAUAUAAGUUAAGUUGUAAUAAAAAUAAUAUUUUCUUUAAAUGACCUCUGAUUCCAAACACUACGUGA